GUGAGGAACUCAUAAACCCUUUUCACCCUAUCAUACAAGUUGUCAAGAUGGGUCGCCGUCCAGCCCGUUGUUACAGAUACUGCAAGAACAAGCCGUACCCUAAGAGUCGGUUUUGUCGUGGUGUCCCCGACCCCAAGAUUCGUAUUUACGAUCUAGGAAACAAGACUGCUUCCGUCGAUGCUUUCCCAUCAUGCGUACAUAUGUUCUCCUUGGAGAAGGAACAGUUGAGUUCCGAAGCUUUAGAGGCUGCCCGUAUCUCAUGUAACAAGUACAUCUCCAAGAUGUGCUCCAAGGAUGGUUUCCAUCUGCGUGUGCGUGUCCAUCCCUACCACGUACUUCGUAUCAACAAAAUGUUGUCAUGUGCCGGUGCUGAUCGUCUUCAGACCGGUAUGCGUGGUGCCUUCGGUAAGCCCCAGGGAACCGUUGCUCGCGUAAACAUUGGACAGCCUCUGUUGUCUGUACGUACUAAGGAUGCCAACGUCCCGCACGUUGUUGAGGCUCUUCGUCGUGCCAAGUUCAAGUUCCCCGGACGCCAGGCUAUUGGUGUCUCCAAGAACUGGGGAUUCACAUCUCUAACCCGUGCUGAGUACGUAGAGCGUCGCGCCAAUGGAACCGUUGUUCCCGAUGGUUGCUACGUCAAGUUCCGUAACAACCACGGAACUCUAGACCAGUGGAAGCGUGAACAAGCUUAAACGAUUCAAUAUCGAGUCAGUAUAAGUUUGCUAUGAAUGUAUAAGCUAGACAGUUAGUUUAUUAAUGGCACUUGAAUAGCAGUGUCGGUACAUAAAUGAUUGUAUGGUGAAUAAGCCUGAAAUUAGUAUCCGUUAUUGAUCUCGAGUUGAUUUUCUGUCAUC